CGAGUCUCUCUCCUACUUCAUAUUCAGUCCUGCCCUCGGCAUGUUCAAACUCGCCUCCUUGGUUUCCUUUGUUGCUGUCGCUACUAUUGCCGUCGCCGCUCCUUCAGCGCGGGAUGCUCAAUGCCACCCCAACUUUGGUGGUCGCACAGUCUCUAUUGUCACGAAAGAAGGUGGCAUGGAGUGGGGACAUGGAACUUUGCAGGUAGAACGUGCUUUGACCUACCAGACAAUCAGGAACGGAAAUGGAGAGUUCCACGUCGAGUUCACUGGGAAUCCCGAUAAUAGUUACUAUAUCAAAGCGGUUGGCGUUCCAGAAAACAACAUGUAUGUGAGUCAAGGUCCUCGUAGUAACAUCCUCGCGUGGGCGGAAGGAGUCGGCCCUCAGUGGAGUAUCACCUGUGGAUUUUGCUCACCCGAAGAGGCAUGGAGCUUCCCUGGUGGUAAAUUCGCAACAGACUGCACCAUCACCCGAACCGGAUCUGGAUUAUGCGUACGCGAGUCCACUGAAGGCUUAGGCAGCUUCAUCAGGCAGUAUAGUUGCGAGGGAGGAGAUAACGAAAAGUUCGACUUCCUUAUGCAAUUGUAAAACCUCAGUUUGGCGGUUUACUUCAUUUUUAUCCGUUCAUAUUUCCGACGGACAUCAGUGAUAUUUACAGACUGGACAUAAUUUCUGCAAUAAUGACA